AUGGACUCCAAGUCGCCUUCUUCUGCGGUCGACGCGCCUGUGUCUGCCGGACGAGACUCCUUCCCGGAUGAGGAUCCCAGCAGCAAGAAUGGUUAUGCUCCUGGGGUUGUUGAGAAUGUUGCCCGUGUUGUUGAUCAUAAGGCUGAACGGGCGCUUUGCCGUCGGUUUGAUCUGCGGUUGAUGCCAGUGUUGGCGAUUAUGUACCUUUUCAAUGCUUUGGACAAGGGAAAUCUUGGUAACGCUGAAACAGAUGGGAUGAGCGAUGACCUCAAUUUCAAACCCGGACAAUACAACCUGCUACUGUCUAUCUUCUUCGUCCCCUAUGUCAUCUUUGCGCCGCCUAUUGCCAUGCUAGGCAAGCGAUUCAGCCCGGCAAGGGUGCUGCCAAUCCUGAUGUUCAGCUUCGGCUCCUUCACGCUCAUUGCCUCGUCCGCGAAAAACUUCGGCGGCAUGUUUGCGCUGCGUUGGUUCCUGGGCAUGGCAGAGGCUGCCUUCUUUCCGCUGGUCAUUUACUAUCUGACCACCUUCUACCGCCGUGCCGAGUUGGCGCGCCGUCUAGCUCUCUUCUACGCAGCCUCCAACAUCGCCAACGCCUUCGCCGGGCUGAUCGCGUUUGGAGUCUUCCAGAUCGAGAACACGCCCAUGUCCCAAUGGCGAUAUCUGUUCAUCAUCGAAGGUAGCGCCACUGUCGCUUUCUCCAUAUUCGCUUUCUGGUACCUCCCGCGCAGCGCCUCCGAGGCCAAGUUCCUCUCCGCAGACGAGAAAGCCCUCGCAUUUCACCGUAUCCAGGUCGAUUCUAGCGCAGUCGUCAAUGAGAAGUUCAACUUCCGCGAAGCCCUUGCCAUCUUCCGCCAUCCAACAACCUACGGCUUCCUCGCCAUUGAGAUCUGUCUCGGAGUCCCACUGCAGGGCGUAUCCCUCUUCAUGCCGCAAAUCAUCCAGCGACUCGGCUACUCAACCGUCAAGACCAACCUCUACACCGUCGCUCCGAACGUGACAGGCGCUGUCAUGCUUUUGAUUCUUGCAUUUAGCUCCGACGCCGUCAAGCUCCGUUCUCCCUUCAUCGUGCUAGGCUUCCUCUUCACCUUCACGGGCUUCAUGAUCUACGCCUCCAUCUCGGAUGUUCAGGCCAAAAUCCAGCUCGCGUAUUUUGCCACCUUCAUGAUGACGUGGGGUACCUCCGCGCCAUCAGUCCUGCUCAGUACCUGGUACAACAAUAACAUCGCGCACGAGGGCCGGCGUGUCCUGCUGACGUCCAUCGGUGUCCCUCUUGCAAACCUUAUGGGCCUGGUCGCGAGCAACGUGUUCCGCGAGCAAGAUAAGCCGAAAUACAUGCCUGCACUCAUCACAGUGGGUGCGUUUGGGGCAACUGGUGCGGUUCUUGCUGGCUUGUUAGGUCUGUAUAUGGUUUUUGACAAUAAGAGGAGAGACCGCAGGGAUGGGAUUACGGUGAACGCAACCGAUGUUCCCACUGAGAGAUUGCGCGAUGGACCUGCUUCGAGUGAGUUUCGGUGGUUCCUGUAA